UUGGUUGAUAAAAGCAAUGAACAAGUUAGCAACGCGAUUUGUGCGGAUAAGGUCAAAGAUUUAGAUAAGGAAAAGAAAUGCUCAAAGGGACUAGAAGCACUUGUGAAGAUGAACAAAGAGAAUAUUGAAAAAAUUGAUGAUUUUUAUAAACUUCAUGAUAAUUUUGGCAAUUAAACAAACAAAAGCAUGGAACGAAUUUAAAGAUAAAAUCAAAAAUAUUUUUACCGUUGAAAUUGAGACCCCAAAAAUAAAAUUUGAAAAACAAAAAGUUAAAUUUACACUUAAAAAAGACGAAUUCUUUUCUGAAAUUGUUGACAAAAUUAAACUUUAUCAUGAAAAAAUUAACAGAGAAGAUAAAGUAACUGAUGCUGCUGAAACAAUUUAUGCAUUUCCGAAAUUGUUUCGGGAUUGGCUAAGAGAGAAAACAAGUGAUUGGAAGGAGCAGCCUGAAGCUACCAAAGCUUUUAAUUAUAUAAAGGAGGAGAUAACCAAGGGUUAUUCAUUAAAGGAGGAGAUAACACGCUUGAAUGGUAAGAAUUUUAUGAUGGCAGUUUAUGCUGCUUAA